AUGCUCGAGGAGCAGCUUCGCAUCGCUGCCAAGCAGCUUGAGGCACUGCUGGCCGACGAGAGCAAAGACACGGAGCUGCAGCGGGACUUGGCGGCCUUGUCCAAGCAGUUCGAGCAGCUCCAUGCGAAGCAUCGGCAGCAGCUGGCCAAAGCGGAAGAGCAGAGAGAACUACUUCUGCAGGAGCAGGCGGCCCACGCCAACCUCUCAGCGCGCCUCGGCGACGCAGAGCGGGCCCAGCGCGCCAGUGAGGGCGAGGCCAAGGCCUGGCAGCAGCAGAGCGAGGUCUUGGACAAGGACCUGCGCGCGGCCUUGAACUCCAAGGCGCAGGCCUGCCGAGAGUUGGAGCAGCUGCAGCAGACGCGGCAGGAGGAUUUGCGGCUGAUGGAGGAGCUGCAACGUGAGCUCCGGAAGCUGCGGGAGGAGCUGAAUGAGGCGAAGCGCCAGACCCCCCAGGAGGUGGUGCUUCGCCUGAAGCAUCUGGAGGAGGAGCUGAGGCAGUCCGAGGCCGUGAGGCGGCAGCUGGAGCAGGAACGCCAGGAGCGGCGAUCUUCCAAGAGUGCCGCUACGCCUGUCGAGCCUGUGGCUGAAGGCCCCGCGCCGAUCGACGACCUGCGAUUGCUGCAGGAGAUCCAGGACACCCUCGGCGCGCGCGAGCGCGCUUUGCAGGCGCAGCGCCAGGAAGAUUGGCGCGAGUGGCCGUCAGAGUCUCAGGCAUCGCUGGAGUCAGCCGUUGCGCCCAGCACUGCUGAUGAGCGCCCGAGCCUGUCGGACCUGGAGCGCGACUUCAGCGCGUUCGCUCGGUCCGUGGGCUACAAGGGCGAUGUCGGACAGCUGUGGGAGGAGGCUCAGGCGGUGGCCGCGGGCAAGGAGGCUGCCGGCGACUCGAAGAAGGCUUCGCGCAGAGAGGUGCCAGUGGCAGCGGACGUUCAGUUGCGGCCCACCCCGGACGCCGAUGUGCCCAGCCCCCCUCGGCGCGGCGUCCCUUGGAAACACAGCAGCUCAGGCCAGGACGAGGCCCCGGACGGCGGAAACGGGGCGUCCGAUGGCCUUCCACUGGCAGCGCAGGAGUGCUUCCAGCGAGCUGAGGUGUUGUGCUCGCGGCAGCGCUUUGCGGAGGCCGUGCCCCUCUUCCGGCGCACGCUCGAGAUCUUGCAGGAGGCAGGAACUUCUGCAGGCACAGCGGCGGCGGCUGAGGUUUGGGCACACCUCGGCGUUGCGAUGCAGUCCUUGGAUCGCGUGCCGGAGGCCAUUGACAGCUACCAGCGUGCUGUCUCAUUGGACGCCAGCUUGCAUGUCUGCUUUGCCAACUUGGCAACGCUUCAUGCCUACCUCCACGAGAGGGACAAAGCAUUGGAGUACAUCGCCAAGGCCCUGGAGGUUGAGCCGGAGAACCCCACCUACACCAUGCUGAGGAGUCAGUUCUCGGCGGACAAGGAGAAGGCCCAGGAUGCGCGGUCCGAGGUCAAAGACAAGGCUGACAGCCUAUCUGAGAGCGCCGAGAGCCCCGAGUAG